GCGCGCAACUUCUAACGCUCGAGCGCGCGGGAGGCGAAGCAGCAGCAGCCUCGAGGAGGAGAAGAGAGAAAAGUGGAAAGAGAAGGAGACGGAAAGAGAGCGAGAGAGAGAGAGAGAGAGAGAGAGAGAGAGAGAGAGAGAGAGAGAGAGGGAGAUGCUCCCCCAGGGCACGCGCAGCCCCCUCGGCCUGCUGGUCGCGUGCACGCUGCUGUCCCACUCAGCGCCGUGGAGUUUCCGCGAGGAGGGAGAAGAUGAAGGCAGAGAAGUGUGUUCAGAAAACCACAUCGCCACCACCAAGUACCCGUGCGUAAAGGCCACGGGGGAGGUGACCACGUGCUACAGGAAAAAGUGCUGUGGGGGCUUUAAGUUUGUCCUGGGCCAGUGCAUUCCAGAAGAUUAUGAUGUGUGUGCUGGUGCCCCCUGUGAGCAGCAGUGCACUGAUCACUUUGGUCGUGUGGUCUGCACCUGUUACCCUGGUUACCGCUAUGAUCGAGAGCGCCAUAGAAAGCGAGAGAAACCCUACUGCCUGGAAAUUGAUGAAUGUGCCAGCAAAAACGAAACAGUCUGCUCACAAAUCUGCAUCAACACUCCCGGCAGCUACAGGUGCGACUGUGAGAAAGGCUUUUACCUCGAGCAAGAUGGGAGGACAUGCAGUAAAGGAGAGAGAGCUCCGCUGUUUGAAAAGUCUGACAACGCGAUGAAGGAAGGGACAUGCUCGGCCACAUGUGAAGACUUUCAUCAGAUCAAAAUGACCGUUUUCCAGCUAAAACAGAAGAUAACCAUGUUGACAGGCAUCUCUGAGGCCAACAAGCAGAUGACCCAUGAGAAGAUGUUGACACCACAUUCCUUCUUACCUGGACCUCCAGGGCAGCCUGGGCCGCCCGGGAGUCCAGGCCCUAAGGGUUCUUCUGGUGCCCCAGGGCAUCCAGGCCCUCCAGGUCCACCGGGCCCUCGGGGUCAAAUGGGGCCCAUGGGCCCCUCUCCUGAUCUUUCCCAUAUCAAACAGGGCCGGCGCGGACCAAUGGGUCCCCCCGGUGCUCCAGGCAGAGAUGGCAUGAAGGGGGAGAGAGGGGCUCCUGGACCUUCCGGACCACCAGGCCCUCCAGGAUCUUUUGACUUUCUGUUGCUGCUGAUGGCCGACAUCCGUAACGACAUUGCGGAGCUGCAGAGUAAAGUGUUCGGCAGGCAGAUGCAUUCCCCUGGCGAGGAAUUCCUCAACAACGCCGAUUUCUGGAAGGACAGUCAGGACAGCCUAGACUUCGGCUCCGGAGAGGACUACAAAUUCCAGAAUCCUCCCAGAAGCAAGCGGAAACCAUCCAGCACUUUAACUGACCCUGAUUAGAUUAUCUAAUGGUGCAGUCAGACAGUCCUUAUACAGUCAGAAAAUUGUCAUGUCACAGGUUUUUGAAACCCAUUACUGGAGCCAUACAUACAGUAAACAGACCAGUUGGUCAGAUUAUCACAUAAACAGCAUCUGCUGGGAUGGUGCAGUGGCAGCUACUUGCACAGUGUUUGAGCUGUAAGCCCUUUUUAAACACUUCGCAUUGUUUAGUUGAGCUGAAUGCUUGACUGUAUCAAAUAAACAUUUAAGCCAUUCAAGUUUUGAACAUGUCAGUGUAAAAAAAGAAAUGUUUAUUUCUAAAAGUAAUCAGCAACAUUUAGAUUUCAAACAUUGGUUUAUGUGAUGUUACUGUCAUAUUCCCCCAGUUUGUUUAGUUGAGACCAGCUCAACUAAAGAGUGUGAUGUUUUUAAAAAAGUGUCACAGAAAAGUGUUUAAAACUUAAACAUUUGGACAGAAGGCUUUAGACGCCGAGCACAUAUUCAGAUGGCAGUAAGUUCACUUAAACGUGUAUAACUGAUGACAUCUUGCACGUCAAAUACUUUUUUGGACAUCACACUGUUAACAACAGUUUGUCAGUUCAACGUAAAAGAUUUUCUUCAUGCACAAGCAAUUUAACUGGCUUUAUUAAACUCGUACAUAGUCAUAUGUGUAAGUCUGUGCACUCCUGGGCAAAUGUCACAUUUUGCUGAUUUUCUAAGUGAACGUAAGUGAACACAUCCCCUACAAAGAUCACACUUUUGCACACUUUAAUGCACAAUUACUGUUACUAAAUUGAACAUAUUGGGGAAAAACAGAACAGGGGUGUCCAAUCUUAUCUGCAAAGGGCUGCUGUGGCUACAGGUUUUCACUCCACCAAAGAAGGAAGUCAAACCAGCCCUUUGUGGAUAACAAUGGACACCCCUGAAAUAGCGCAUAACAUGCAGCCUGGGCUAAAUUUAUUGCACAUUUUACAUUUUUUGCUAUGUACAUUGCUAUAAAAUGUGCAGAAAAAUGUCAUAUGUACAGUCUCAGAAAAAAAGGUAUGAAACUGUUACCAGGGCAGGACCCCUCUUGUCACUGGGGUGGUACCCUUAAGGGUACAUCUCAGUACCUUUACUCAGUACCUGCACAGAACCUUUAUUUCUUGCAGUGUAGGUGUGUUCUCUAUGUUCACUUCUUGUCAGUUUAAAAUCAACCAGUCAUGAUGUCAAAUAAUACUUAAAAGGAAUAUUAUGAACAUAACUGAGCAAAAUUUCACAACAAUUCACUCCACAAAAACAGAGAUCAGUUUUCACAUUUUCACAUAGUUUAUUUGUGUAGUAUUUGUUGUAUAAUGGCCUUUACUGUGUACUGUGUUGCCAUGACAUCAGAGAAUGUUCUGGCUACUGAUGUUGGUAAACUCAACUUUUUUCUCCUCCAAUCAAGUGCAACUUCAGAAAUUCAUGAGGUUAUGAGGACUGUCUGAUCACACCUAUAGCAUCACAUCAAUACCUGUCUUUCAGAAAGGAAUGAACUGACGAUAAGAAGAGAGAUUGGUGUAGAUCAGUGUUUUCCAGCUCUGGUCUAUGAAACUGUGGUGGACUGCCGGCUGGAGCUGGAAACACUGGUGUAGAUAUCACAGAAUGAAUUUUAUUUAACUUCAUACUCACAUGAAUGUAUUUCUUUGUAUGAAAUUCUAUUUUUUUAAUAUAAAAGAUGUACAUAUUUAUCAUAA